AGUAAACAUUUGACGGUCGCACGAAGAAGCCGACACUAUAUAAAAUAUCUUGAUAAAUAUUAUGUGGAACGAAUAAAUUAAAAAAUGUGCAAAGGUUUUUGUUUGUCUUAAAAGGCAGUGCUAAUUAGAGUGUGACAUUUUUUAUCUACUCAAGUUAUUUAAAUUAAUCAAUACUUAGAUGCUGAGAUCUGCACAAGAUGAGAUGAAGAUAAGGAUCAUAACUAAAACAUUAUACCUAUAAUCGUAUCAUCUGUUGGCAUUGAAGAAAAUAACUGUAUAACAAGAGAUAACUUUGAAAUAUAGAAAAAUGGUCCAAACGAUACAAAAGAUAAUACAAAAUAGCGCCACCGAUGCUCCAAAAGAGGAUAUUCUUUCGAAGCUAAUUGGUCAAUUUGGAGUGUGGCAAUUUAUAGUUUUCGCAUCAGUAAGCCUGGUCAAAUUAUCAUCGGGCUGGGUUCAACUAGCUAUUCUGUUUCUUACACCGGCUUUAACAUUUAAAUGUGUAGAAUUUAAUUCCGCAAAUAAUGACACAUUUAUAGUAAAAAAUUCGACGUGCUACAAAGACUGUUUGUCAUAUGAGUACGACACAGGACAAUUCGAUAACACAAUAGUGUCGGAAUGGGAUUUGAUAUGCGAAAGAAAAUGGUUAGCGAGUUUUACUCAGAUGGUGCUGCAAUUGGGAAUACUUGUUGGGAGCAUAGUAUUCGGAUUUUUGGCUGACAGAUUUGGUCGAAAAAUAACAUUCCUCAUCUCUGUGACGUCAGUGAUCGUGGUCGGAUUCGGCGUUCCUUUCUCUCCCAACUAUACAAUAUUCACCAUUCUCCGCUUUCUGCUAGGGUUCGCCACUGCUGGAACAAUGGUUAUAUCUUUCGUCAUCAUCAUGGAGUCCGUCGGUCCCAAAUUCAGGGAGCUAGCGGGGUGUCUGUUCCAGGUUCCUUUUAUUAUUGGUCAUAUGACGGUACCACUAUUCGCUUAUUACUACCGGAGCUGGAACACUUACACGUUGGCGUUGGCUGUACCCACACUCAUAUAUUUAGGAUAUUUCUUCCUGUUGACUGAAUCCCCGAGAUGGCUAAUCAGCGUGGGCAGGGUCGAUGAAGCUGCCACCAUAAUUACCAGAGCGGCGAAAAUGAAUAAUCUUUCAACGACGAAGAUCAAGGAAUCUCUUACAUUGAUGUCCGAAACUAUCAAGAACGACUCAAACGAGCCGAAACCAAACUAUCUCCAACUUCUGCACAGUUCCCUGAGAAUCAAAACGAUAUGUUGCUGCUUCAUCUGGCUCAUCAGCGGGGUCACUUUCUUUGGCUUGAACCAAUACAUCAGCCAGACUAGCCCGGAUCCUUUCAUUUCAGUAGCUGUUGCAGCAGCGAUUCAGAUACCUUCAAUAUUACUCUCAAUCUGGCUAGUCAGAUACUUCGGCCGAAAGAUCACCACCAUCGCCGGCUCCUGCUUGGGUGGACUCUGCAUCAUCAUCCUUGGCUGCGUUCCCAAUACUUUCGCCUUUAAACUGACCUUCGGUAGUUUAGGAGUCAGCUGUUCGUCUAUAGUAGCAACGACGAUAUACAUUUAUACGUCAGAACUCUAUCCUACAGUCGUACGAAAUAUGGGCAUGGGUGCUUCAUCGACUGCUAUGAGGAUAGGGUCUAUGGUGGCUCCAUUUAUAUCGAAUAUGUCAGCAGUAUCAUGGCUACCAACCGUGGUAUUUGGACUGGCACCCAUAGUGGCUGGAGCGCUGUGUUUUUUGCUUCCAGAGACUAAAGGCACUCGCCUAUUAGACAGUAUUGACGAAGUUGAAAAAUAAAUAUUGCAAUAAUUAAUUAUAGGUUUUAUUAAUAAAUAAUGAUACAUAUUGUAUAUUAGGAAUGAUGCCUGGGUUAUUCUUUUUAAUAUUAGACAUUAAAAAAAUAUCUGACGGACGGAAAAAAAAUACUCAUCAUUCCUAUUAUAUGAGCGUUUUCAUUAAACCUAGUAUUAAAAUAUCUGUGAUUAAAUUACUGAGUAAUGAUCCCGCGAGUUAUAAACUUGAGAAAUUAUUCAAAAGUAUUAAAAAUGAUUACCGAUUAUAAUUAUAAGAAGCUAGUAAUGUAAUAUGUAUUGUAUAAGUAAUUGUUAUUAAAAAUUCUGCAACCUCCGUAGCCCAGAUUGAGGUCUCGAGGAUACGAUAU